AUGACACUCAAAACUUUUGAUGGUACAAUCGUAACAAAAGAAGUAGAUAUUCCAAAUUGUUUAAACGAGUAUUUUGUUUCAGUAUUUUUAAAAGAUAAGGUAUUAGACCAUGUAACUUUUCCUUCAAAAUGUAAUUUUUAUUGUAUCGAUCCAAGUUUUAAUGACAAUGAUGUUGAAUAUCAGUUAGUAAACCUUAAUGUUAAUAAAACAAUUGGUGUUGAUAAAGUUCAUCCUCGUGUUCUCAAAGAAUGUUCAAAACCACUUUCUCAUCCCUUAUCACUAAUCUUUAAAAUGUCAUUUUAUAGUGGUGUUACACCAAACAAAUGGUUAACUGCAAACAUAACUCCACUAUUCAAGAAAGGAGAUAAGCUAGAUCCUUCAAACUAUCGACCGAUAUCAAUAACAUUAAUAGUAUGCAAGGUUAUUGAGAAAAUUAUUCACAAUGUUAUGAUGAACCAUUUAGCUUUAAAUAAGUUAAUAGCAAGCGAACAGCACGGAUUAGUUAAUGGUAAAAAUGGAAAUGGAAAACAACGAGUUGUUCUGUGUGAGUUUGUUUCAGAUUAA